AUGAUGUCCACGCUUCUGUUCCUACUUUCCAACAGGCAAUUCAGCGCCUCCAGGAAUACUGGGCUUCCGUCGGAUGCGCCGUUAUGCAACCUAGCAACACCGAGGUAUGUGGAGCCAAGCAUACGUCCCGACGACAGUCGCUAUGGAGAGAACCCCAAUAGGCUUCAAAGACACACUCAGUUUCAGGUCAUUUUAAAACCUGAUCCAGGAAACUCCCAAGACCUCUUUAUCAACAGUCUCUCUGCUUUAGGUAUUGAUGUGACUGAACACGAUAUACGAUUUGUGGAAGACAAUUGGGAGAGUCCGGUGCUUGGUGCUUGGGGUUUAGGAUGGGAGAUUUGGAUGGAUGGUAUGGAAAUCACACAGUUUACUUACUUCCAGCAGGCUGGAAGUCUUCAGUUGUGUCCAGUAUCUGUUGAAAUAACUUAUGGGCUUGAGCGCAUCCUCAUGUUGCUUCAGGAAGUUGACCAUUUCAAAAAGAUCUUAUAUGCUGAUGGAAUCACUUACGGGGAGCUCUUCUUGGAGAAUGAGAAGGAAAUGAGCUCGUAUUAUUUAGAGCAUGCUAGCGUGGAUCGUCUUCAAAAGCAUUUCGAUUAUUUUGAAGAAGAAGCACAUUCCUUGCUUGCGUUAGGCCUUCCAGUCCCUGCGUAUGACCAGCUUCUGAAGACGUCUCACGCUUUUAACAUCUUAGACGCUAGAGGUUUCAUUGGUGUAACUGAGCGUGCUCGCUAUUUCAGUCGAAUGCGCAGCUUGGCUCGCCAAUGUGCCCAACUGUGGUUAAAGACACGCGAAUCACUUGGGCAUCCUCUUGGUGUUGUCUCUGAACAUGUUCCUCCCAUUCAUCACAGAGCUGCUUUAGAAAAAGUGUCUGAAAAGGUUCCUGAGGAUCCAAGAUCGUUUAUCAUUGAGAUAGGGACUGAAGAGAUGCCACCUCAAGAUGUUGUCAAUGCUAGCGAACAACUCAGGGUCUUAGUUCUACAAUUACUAGAGAGCCAAAGAUUGGAGCAUGGUGUUGUCAAAGCAUUUGGCACACCUCGAAGGCUAGUGGUUUUUGUUGAUGCUAUGUCCUCUAAGCAGCUGGAAGAGGAGGUUGAAGUUCGAGGACCCCCUGCUUCUAAAGCGUUUGAUGAUCAAGGAAAUCCUACAAAGGCUGCAGAGGGUUUUAGUCGUAGGUAUGGCGUAACAUUGGAUCAAUUGUACAGAAAAGUUGCUGGAAAGACAGAAUAUGUUCAUGCACGAAUUACCGAGCCAGCUCGACUUGCUUUAGAGGUUCUGUCAGAAGAUUUACCUGGUAUACUGGCUAAAAUAUCGUUCCCAAAAUCAAUGCGCUGGAACUCUUCGGUAAUGUUUAGCAGGCCGAUUCGCUGGGUCAUGGCCUUACACGGGGAUCUGGUUGUGCCAUUCUGCUUUGCUGGCAUCACAAGCGGAAAUGUAUCUUUCGGACUUCGCAAUACUGCUUCAGCCACACUAGUGGUAAACACUGCAGAGUCCUAUGAAGAUAGGAUGAGGAAUGCUGGAAUCAAUAUUGAGAUUGAGGAAAGGAAAAAAAUAAUUCUUGAGAAGUCAAAUGUAUUAGCGAAAAGUGUUAAAGGGCGCGUUAUACUCCAGCAGAACCUACUUAAUGAGGUUGCAAAUCUCGUCGAAGCUCCUGUGCCGUUAAUUGGAAAGUUUGAGGAAUCAUUCUUAGAACUUCCAGAUGAGCUACUAACUAUUGUUAUGCAGAAGCACCAGAAGUAUUUCGCCAUUACUGAUGAAAGUGGACAACUAUUGCCCUACUUUAUUGCUGUUGCCAAUGGUGCAAUAAAUGAGGAUGUGGUGAAGAAAGGAAAUGAAGCAGUUCUCAGAGCUCGCUAUGAAGAUGCAAAAUUCUUCUAUGAGAUGGACACGAGUAAAAGAUUUUCUGAAUUCCGAGAUCAGCUAAAGGGAAUUCUUUUUCAUGAAAAGCUGGGGACGAUGCUGGAUAAGAUGAACCGUCUAGAAAAGAUGGUAACUAAGCUUUGCUUGGCCCUCGAAAUUGAUGAAGAUCUGCUUCCGGUUGUGGAGGACGCUGCCUCACUUGCCAUGUCAGACCUUGCAACUGCUGUAGUUACAGAAUUUACAUCGCUGUCAGGAACCAUGGCUCGUCAUUAUGCUCUCAGAGAUGGCUAUUCAGAGCAGGUUGCAGAAGCGUUGCUGGAAAUUGCACUUCCCAGGUUUUCUGGGGAUGCCAUCCCAAAAACAGAUGCAGGAAUGGUUUUGGCAAUUGCUGAUAGAUUGGAUAGCCUCGUUGGUCUAUUUGCUGCUGGUUGUCAGCCAAGUUCAACAAAUGACCCAUUUGGCCUUAGAAGAAUAUCUUAUGGCUUAGUCCAGAUUUUGGUCGAGAAGGAUAAAAAUAUCAACUUCAAACAUACUCUAGAACUUGCAGCCUGUGUACAGCCGGUGAAGGUUGAGGCAAACACUUUAGAAGAUGUGUAUCAAUUUGUUACGCGAAGACUGGAACAGCUUCUGAUUGAUAACGGAGUAAGCCCUGAAGUAGUUAGGUCUGUCCUAGCAGAGCGUGGAAACGACCCUUGUCUGGCAGCACGUACUGCAUACAAGAUGGAAAAGCUAACCAAAGGUGAGAUCUUUCCGAAGAUAGUGGAAGCAUAUUCACGUCCCACACGCAUUGUCCGUGGGAAAGAUGUUGAUGUUGGAGUUGAGGUGGAUGAGGGUGCAUUUGAGACUUCCCAAGAGAGAAAGUUGUGGAGCACAUACGUCUCUAUCAAAGAUCAAAUCCACACUGGCAUAGAAAUUGAGGAGUUCACUGAGAUAUCCACGCAGUUGCUGGAGCCGCUCGAGGAUUUCUUCAACAAUGUGUUUGUGAUGGUGGAGGAAGAAAGAGUGAGGAAGAACAGACUCGCUCUGCUCAAUAACAUUGCCAAUCUUCCCACAGGAAUCACUGACCUCUCGUUUUUGCCCGGAUUUUGA